AAUGACUCUCAACCCAGACGAUAAGGCCAAGUUUAUACAGAUGCAUUCUGCAGCUCACAAAGCCGACUUAGCUGACCAAGAGAAACUGAAGACCAAAGCAGGCCUACAUCUUAUCAGAAACAUACAGUUACUUACCUCACAUCACGCUUUUGAGAAGCUACACAAGUAUGAUGAAGUCCAAAACAAGCAAGAAGACCCAAAAUUGAGAGAGCAAGCAAACUUCUUACAAGCCAAGAGAGCUAACCUUCAGAGGGCCAUUGAAGAAAACUCCCGUAAGAUUGAAGAAAAGCAUGCUCAGUUAUAAGAGAAAGAAUGGCCAUGGAGAACGAACAUCAUGAAAUGCUAGAUGAGCUCCGCAAGAGAAUGAUGAUGAUGCAGAGGCAAAUAUGUUGAAUCGAAGAAGAGAAAGUUAUGAUGGAUCAUGAUUGUCAAGUACUUCAAGCAGAAAUAGAUGCAAUCAGCAAAUCUUCCGAAGCCUAACAAUUA